CAUCGAGUUUAUAUAUACAUCCAAUGGUUAGAACAGUCAGACAGUGUUUUCGAUUUAACUAAAUAAUAGUCUAUCUAUUCUGUUAGAUCCCAAAAUGAGUGCAUUGAAAUUUGUCGUAUUUCUGGGUACUACCAGAGAGGGAAGACUUGGGGAACGAGUUGCAACUUUUAUCAUGAACCAAAUCAAACAACGUGGACACAAGGCGGACUUGUUUGAUCCUGCGGUCGUCGGACUCCCACUGUUGGUAAAACCGUUACAUUUUUAUAAAGACAAGUCUGAGGCACCAGAAAUUCUGCGGGAUAUGAAUCAAAAGAUCAUUGAAUCUGAUGGCGUUAUUGUCGUAUCCGCCGAAUACAAUCAUUCCAUUCCGCCUGCCCUUUCAAAUCUGUUGGAUCAUUUCGCAGGAAGUUCGUUCGCUUGGAAACCAUCUGGAAUAGUGUGCUAUUCUCCAGGCCAAUAUGGAGGAGUGCGAUCGGCUAUGCAGCUCCGUGCGAUGCUUGGGGAGCUGGGAUGCAUCAGCAUAUCCAAUUUAUUUGCUAUACCAAAGGUUCAUGAACGUAUAGACGAGUCUGGCAAACUUACGGGUUCGCAAGAGUUCACCUUGAAGUGCGCUGACUCUUUCUUUCAACAGCUCGAAUGGUGGGCAAAUGCCGCAAAACAUCAAAGAGAUGUUGUAUCAGCAAGUUCGUCAAAAUAAUAGCCCUCACCAUGGCACACUUUCUUUCCAAACCAAAAAAUAAUUGCACACAUAUGUUUACCAUAAGUAGUUUUGUAUUUUGAAGCCAUCUUAAUGUUAUAUUAUCAUGGACAGUUUUCUCACAUUCGUGACUAUCUCCAUAUUGCUUUCGCUAAUGUUACUUUCAUACUUUCGACUUUGCAUAAAUAAAUUGAUAAUGCUCGUAGAA